GUGCUAUGAGCAUCCGAAGUUUGCAUGCUGGCUCUACUGCCCAACCCUUUCCUCCUCCUCCUCCUCCUCCUCUUCCUCCUCUUUCUCUUUCUCUUUCUAUCUCUCUGUUUCUCUCGUUUCCAAGCUGUCGAUUUCCUCUUCCUUCUUGAUCAAACAAUCUUACAGGCUGACAAGAUGAAAAGGAGGAUGAGAGACGAAGGGCAUGGCAUGUCGUUAAUGGAUGUCGUCGCCGCCGCCGCCGCCCAUAGUCGGUCAUGCGAGGGCAAGUCUAGUUAUACCUCGAGACUACCCGCCUACAGGUAGUUUUCACACACACGCGCUAGGUAUACAAAGUACACGGUCAGCAGCACAUGUGGGUACAUUCAGGAAACCCCUGUGAUCUGCAGGGCCGGGGAGGGGGGUCAUUCCGUAUCUGUCGUGCUGCAACAACGCCAGGUCGACAUGGGCUGGGGGGUCUCGUCGACUUUUGCCGCCACUUGUAAUACGUGUGUGCCUUGUUUUGUCU